AUGGGCAUCUUCUCCAAGGCUGUCUCCUCCAAGUUGAGGUAUACUUGUAACUCUUAUGUUUCUCGUUGCGUUCGCCAGCAGAAUUAUGUCCAACGGCCAGUGCUAGUGGCUGAAGAUCGGAAUAAACUUAUUCUGGUAGGAAGAAACACAAAGGAAAAUGUUUAUGUGUCCUAUCUCAUGACACUAUCCUCCUUAAAUGGCGGCCGCCACUUUUCCCUGGGGAAAAUGAAAGAUUUUACGGCUACAACCGAGCCUUUUGUUAUUGGCAGCUCCUGUGGUGGGAUUCUCCUAUUGGAGGAUGCCCUCUGUCAGGGCAAGAGUUUCUUUUGGAAUCCCUUGACGGACGAGUAUAUGGCCCUCCCACCCUCCUUCUCCCCGCGUCCGGGUUCUGCUUAUAGCAUGCAAUUCGCAUUUUCGGGUAUCGGGCUUGGUGCCGGGCCUGUGGAUUACAAGGUCGUUAGGGUUGCGUCUUUCACGGAAGAAGAUGAUGAUGAAACGUACAUAGAAACAACCAAGUAUUUCGAGCUUUAUUCUCUUAAAAACAAUUCGUGGAGGUUGGUUACGCAACCUAGUUGUGGGAUGUUUCCAAACCCUCUCUAUAAUCACCUAAGUCUCAAUGGCGCUUGCCAUUGGGUGGCCAACGGUAAUGGUGAGAAUAUGUGCAUCCUCUCCUUUGACUUUGCUGAUGAAACAUUCUCCCACUUGACCCUGCCCUCCACCAGCGAUAAUUUGUUGGUUCAGCCUCUGUGUCUUGUCAAUUAUGACGGGUUGCUGGGCGUUGUAGUCAUGUGGGAGGAUAUGAUGAGGUUAGAAGUGUUGGUGUGGGCGGAGGGUGGAUGGACUAAAGUUUGGUGUUUUGAUGUGUCGGGCGUGCAGUGUCCAUUAGGGAUUUGGGGGAGGGAUAAAUGUUUCCUUAGAGGGACAGGUGGUGAGUUGCUCCUCUUCGAUGGUGCUACGGGGGUAUUGGGGCCGGUGGAUGUCGGUGAUGACAUAGAUGCCAUAUUCCUUCUUCCUUAUGUGGAGAGUGAGGCGACUGUGAAUGAGCAUCGUGGGCCGCAUCUCGAGGUAAAUCUUUGCAAUUUGAAAAUAUUUGAUUCCAAUAGGAGGGGGCUUUAA